AUGGAGAUUGUUAGAGCUGAGAGUGGAGUAAGGAGCGAGAAAAUAGCAGCGCCGGUGGCUCCAGUCAUUGCUAGAACUAAGCGAUUACAAGUUUGCUUUAUUAGGGUUUGUUCCACUAUUCUUUUAUGGACCUGUUUGGUUCAGCUUCUUACGGUUGGAGAGUUAUGGCACCCCAGUUUUAUGACCAACACCACCGUCUCCCCCGUUAAACCCCCUCUUCAUCAUCAUCCUCUUCCCCUUCUCCCUCUUAGAAAUUAUACGAGUAAUGGUUUUCUUAAAGUGUCUUGUAAUGGUGGCUUGAAUCAAAUGCGGUCAGCGAUCUGCGACAUGGUGGCUGUUUCCAGACUUUUGAAUCUCACUUUGGUUGUUCCAGAACUUGAUAAAUCAUCUUUCUGGGCUGACAAUAGUACUUUUGAGGAAGUAUUUGAUGUGAAACAUUUCAUUGACUCGCUAAGAGAUGAAGUUCGAAUUGUCAGAAGGCUUCCAAAGAGAUUUAAUAGUAAAUAUGGAUACAAAGUAUUUGAGAUGCCCCCAGUUAGCUGGUCAAAUGAAAAUUACUACCUGCAACAGAUCUUGCCACUUUUCAGUAAGCAAAAGGUGUUGCACUUCAAUAAAACAGAUGCACGUUUGGCAAACAAUGGGAUUUCAAUUGAUCUUCAGAAAGUCAGGUGUCGUGUUAAUUUUCUGGCACUGAAAUUCACUCCUGAGAUUGAAUCUUUGGGGUACAAACUGGUUCACAUUCUACAGAAAAGAGGGCCUUUUGUGGCUUUGCAUCUGCGAUAUGAGAUGGACAUGUUGGCUUUCUCUGGUUGUACUCAUGGCUGCACCAAGAAAGAAGCUGAGGAGCUCAAGCGGUUAAGGCUUGCAUAUCCUUGGUGGAGAGAGAAAGAUAUAGUUUCUGAACAGAGGAGAUCACAAGGUUUGUGCCCAUUGACACCUGAGGAGACAGCCUUGAUUUUGCAAGCAUUGGGAUUUGACAAGGACACACAGAUAUAUAUUGCAGCUGGUGAGAUAUAUGGGGGCGAACAGAGACUUGCAGUACUAAGAGCUGCAUAUCCAAUGAUUGUAAGAAAAGAAAUGCUAUUAGAUCCAGGUGAGCUGCAGCAAUUCCAGAACCAUUCAUCUCAAAUGGCUGCGCUCGAUUUCAUGGUCUCAAUAGCCAGUAACACUUUCAUUCCCACCUAUGAUGGAAACAUGGCAAAAGUUGUGGAAGGUCACCGCAGGUAUCUUGGGUUUAAAAAGACAAUCCUGCUAGACCGAAAAAGAAUUGUAGAGUUGCUUGAUUUGCAUCAGAAUGAGACACUUUCAUGGAAUGAAUUUGCAGUUGCUGUUCGAUCAGCACAUGAGAAGAGGAUGGGACAGCCAACUCGACGUAGGGUUAUUGCAGAUAAACCAAAAGAGGAAGAUUAUUUUUACGCAAACCCUCAAGAGUGCCUUUGUGAGGCAACAAAUUGUGAUGAUUUAUCAGGACCUGGUAACUCAAGUUCAAUUCAGUGA